UGACAACAGCGUAUGAUUGGAUGCACGGACAGUGACGUUACUGGAAUGUGACCUUUACUUCUUGACCUGGUUUUUCUCAGGUCAAAUUGAUUUCCUCAAACGAAAGCAAAACACUGUUGAUAAAAAAAAUAUGGAUGGAAAACGGUUGAGGAGCUUGGUAUCUCCAUCAUCACUUGUAUUUUUAUGCUUGGAGCAUAUUAGUGACAAUCUAGAAAAACAUUGCAAAGAAAUUUCACUAUCAGAUUGUGAGGGUAUUAACUCACAGUUAGUGUUCAGACACCAGGAUGUGUUCUUGCACUCCUCUUUAGCCGAAUGUCUUUUACAAAUCUUGGCCAAGAGGCAUAUGCUCAAUGAUCUGGUACUAAGUCUGUUUUCAAAUCCAUCCACAACUCAGUUGAGCAGGGUGAAUAUAUCGGGAAGCUCUGCCACGCUAAGUGGUCUAAAAGCUCUCUCAUCCCAUAGAAUUACCGACUUGGAUGCUUCCCGUUUAUCGAAUGUAAACUUUACAGAUAUUAUCGUUGCACAAGGGCAAUGGACACGAAAGAAUAUAAAAUCUCUAAAUGUCAGUGGUUGUACAUUUAACACGAACCAUACAAAUUUCUGUAUUGUUAUACCUCUAUCACAGUUGAAAUCGCUUUUGCACCUCAACGUAAGCUACACUGAAUUCAACAAUAACCUUGGCUUAGAAAUGGUUGCUGAGAAAUUGACGAAUCUAGUGAGCUUAGAUAUAUCGGGUACUUACGUAUACAAUAUUCAACCCCUCUUGAAACUAAAGCAUACGCUACGAUCGUUGAUAAUGUUUAAAACGCGAGUUCCAGAAAAGGACCUUAUUCCAGUGUUAAUGGAGCUCAAAGAGUUACGUUACUUGGAUAUUUCGGAAGAUGCGCAUCCAAUGAUUGACAUGACUCAGAAACCCAACGUCUGCAUGCUUUUGUUUACAGAAGUCAGUCUUCCAAAUAUUACUGGAUUAGACAUCUCAGGAAGGGACAAUGUGCGAGAGAGUGCCCUUGUAGAGUUUUUAGACCACCAUCCAAAUUUGAAAUUUCUUGGCUUGACAAUAACUCAGUCUCUCAUGCGGGAUAAUCACACGACGUAUGAACUAUGUGGGGUUGAUUUUCUUACGGAUGAAUCACAUCCUUUCUAUAGGAAAGACUUACAGGUGUCGGGUCAUGUGACUGAAAAACAGGUGCUUGAGGGUCUGAGGCGCUACACUUCAAGAGGGCAGUAUGUACACAAACUACUCUGUGGCUUGUUCAGUCUAACUCAGUAUUUGAGUGAACCAAGGCCUGAUAUUGUAGAGCUUGUUCUUCCUGGUAUGAGGGCUCACAGUAUGCACCUUGGAGUACAGAUGGCAGCCAGUGCUUGUCUGUAUAACCUAACAAAACUGCAACUCGGGGAGGAGGUUCAUCCUUCCAUACUGAAGUCAAUGAUUGAGCUGACAUUAAAAGCCAUGCGCAAUUUUCCUGAUCAACAACAGCUUCAGAAAAAUGCACUGUUAACCAUGUGUAGUGAUCGCAUUCUGCAGGAUGUGGAUUUUGAUCGCUUCCAAGCCUCUCGUAUGGUCAUGGAUUGCUUGUUUGCUUUUGAUGACCAGUCAAUGAUUCGAAUGGCAGUUGCUAUCUGCUCCAUUCUGGCUGCCAAGAUCUCAACUAAGCAGACAGCUGAACUGGGCACAAAGAGGAAUAUGCAGAAAUUACUGCAGAUUGUUAAGCAGAAAGCAGAUAUGGAGAACGCUGACAUAAUCCUGAAAUUUACUCUUAGCGCCCUCUGGAACCUGACUGAUGAAUCACCAUCAACAUGUGCUAUAUUUGUUAAUGAAGGUGGCUUGGAACUGUUUAUAAAGAUACUGCAGUCCUUUCCGUCUGAAGCAUCUCUACAAACCAAAGUUCUAGGACUUGUCAACAACAUUGCAGAAGUGAAGCAUUUACGACACUUCUUGUUGCGAGGAGACUUCAUAGACCAUUGCAGAAAGCUACUCGGCAGCGGGCAUUUGGAAGUGAGCUAUUUCGCAGCCGGUAUCAUUGCUCACCUAGCUCAUGAGAGUGUUAAGGACUGGGGUGCUUGUUUUAUGGAACGGGUUGAAAUUCUCAAUGCGUUGCAUUCUAAGAUACUAUCAUGGGAGAAUCCAGAGAGUGAGAUGGUGGCUUAUCGGUCAUUCAGUCCGUUUUUUCCAUUACUUGAACGGUAUGAUACACCAGAGGUACAGCUGUGGUCUGUAUGGGCCAUGCAUCAUGUAUGCACAAAAAAUGCAUCUCGUUACUGCUCUAUGCUUCUGGAAGAAGGCGGAGUUGAUAUACUACAACGUUUGGUCAGCUCUUCUAGUGUCCACCCAGAUGUCCAGGCCAUGGCUCAUAAAGUCUUACAGAUACUUCUACGAACUAAACCCUUGCAAGGGUUCAAAAGCCCAGCUCAUCAGUAAAGCUUGGCAUGUUCUAACAAGCACAUACCCACACACACACAACCCCUACAUGGGCGUAGGCUGGGGGAAGCAAAUUACUUCCACUGUGUGGGUUAAAGUACUAAAAUGACCAUUAAGUUUUCAUUGGAAUAGAGAUUUACGUCUACAUUUUGGGAUUUAUUUCCACAUUCUCAUCUUCCCCCCUCCCCCACCACCCAAGCCUACUCCCCUGCCUUACAUGCAAAUAUUUCAAUGUUUGAUCAUCUUACCCUUUGAAUAUAACCCCCCCAUUACCCAUAUGGCAUUGUUUUAUAAAUUAGAAAAAUACCACCAAGCCCCUACCGUCCAAUGCUUUUAAAUUAUUGAAUAUUUGUAACUAAAUGAUUAUUAGCACGCACUUAUAUAUUCUUCAUAUAUGAAGACAAUUUGUAUAGUUGGGCUAAUCAGAAUUGUAAGGUAUACCCAGUACAAAUAUACCUCUUGUGGCGUAUACCGUUGUUACUAAUAUUUAUGCAUUUUUUGACAUAUUAUAGUAAUGGUCAACAUUACUGUAUCGUGUUCUUUAUCGUGUUCUUAAUAGGGACAUUGUUUAAAAACUGACAGCCCUGCAUAAAAAUGGGAUCAUUUUAAUGCAAGCUCAUAUUAAUUUUUCCUUUAAAAUGUUAUCAUCCUGAUAUCAUCACAGUGAUUGGUGGUGAGGUAGAAUAUAGAUGGUUGUUAUUGGUCAGACGUUGAUAUGCUGAAUCCAAGGUAAUGAUCUGCAGUGUAUUGAAGCUGGGAAUGGGCCUCAGCAUAUUAAAGCUGACACUUGGCCUCUGUAUUAGUAGAAGCUGAGGUAGUACAUAUAUUGUAGCUGAGACCCUAGAGUGUAUGGAAGCUGACACU